AUGACGGUGGGAGAGGAAGGCAACCGCCCUGCCUGCGCCGCAUGCAAGCACCAACGGAAAAAGUGCAGAGGGGAAGCCUGUGUUCUGUGGCGUCACUUUCCGGCAUCCAUGAUGAAAGAAUUUCAGGCGGUUCACGGAGUUUUCGGCAUAGCCAAUAUAUCAAAGAUCAUCAAAGGCUUGGACCCGGUUCAACAGGACAUAGCCGUCAAGUCGUUGUUGUGGGAAGCCAAAGUGUGGAAGGAAGACCCGGCUCAAGGCCCACUUGGCCGGUUCAAAAGGUUAGAGCGAGAGCUUUUCUUCUUAAAGAAUCAAAUAAACAUGCUUCAAUCGCGGCCGUUGAUCACUGCGCCACCGCUACCCUGGCCGGAGACCUACCCAUCACACGGCGGCGUUGGAAAUUUUAGUUUCCAUCCUAAUUACACCGGACAACAUAGGAUGAGUAAUGGCCAUGGCCAUGAAUUUCAACAAAUAAUUCAACCGAAUUUUGGUCGGACCGGGUUUAACCACCAAAAUAACAACAUGCAGACACAAAAUGCCAGAAAUGUGAUGAACCCUAGACCGCUUCAGCAACAUCUACCGCCGCCGUACCAUAAUAGUUUCGGACAUAAUAAGGAAAACGCACUUGUUCCUUACGCUAAUAACGUUGGGAUUAGUGGACAAGAUCGUCGGAGUGUCAUCCAUGUCGGUAAUGUUGUUAGACCAAGCCGUUUGCCGGCCGGUCCUGCGGUGCCAUCCAGCCGGUCCAUUGUUACUGUAAAACAGGGUGAUGAAGAUGAAACUGGGGACAAUGAAGCUAGAGAACUUGUUGCUGCUCUUUAUUAUGAUCAUCAACUUUUGAACAGCACUAACCAAAAUUAUGUCCAAGGUACGUAA